CUUUCUCAAGAAACAUCAUGGCGGGUCAAAACUAUCCUUCAAGAAUAAUCAUCUUUCAUUUGUAACAUACUCGACGAAAAAUCUCUUGGGACAGCAAGCGGGACAACAUGCCGACGUCGGAAUUUACGGUGAUGGGUAGAUCCACCGAACCUAUAUCCAAUAGAGGCUAUAGCAAUGGGGAUAUUGCAUCAGCAACGAACAGCGUGACGGACCAGUUUCGGUUUAUGCACGUUUCUGGUAACUGCGACAGCGCCCAAGUGGAGAACCUGGCCAGGAAUUUUAUGUCAACGCUUGGCAUUACAAAUUCUAAUGACGAAAAAUACGCCGAGCAAUUGGCAGCUCUAACGAGCCAAGUAAGUCAGAUGAUGAACCGAUCCGAACCGAGAGGCCGAGAACAAAAUGUUCCGCAGAAUCUGCGCUCGAGCGAUGGCGGAUUACCCUCUUCUUGGUCGUCUCCGCAGCCAUCCCAGAAGCCCGCAACUACAAAACAUUCACCUAAAUUCCAAGCAACAAAUAAGAACAGUCGAGGGAGAUCUCCCAGACGCCAUCAAAGUCGUAGCAAAUCCCCCCUCUGCCGUGUAGUAGAUGGCAUGCGUUCGAAAUCUCCUUUCCGUAAAGAUAGAGAGCGAACGCGGUCCCCCAUGCGUCAAACUAGUGGAGGAACUUCUUCCAUGAACACAGGAUCGGAUAUAGAUGGUGAAGAAUUCUUCGACACGCGCAUGGAUAGCAGUUAUACCGUGAACUCUCCUACACCGAAAGCAGUGCCAAAAUCAACAACUGCGAGUGAAAGCAAGACAGAGAGAGCAUCGUCGACGCUCAAAACUACUAGCCGUCCUCCCCUUGUGUCCGUCAUCAUGACCGAUGUUCCAUCCAGCAAUGUAAAUGCUCCGACAGCAUCACCGGCAGGACAGUCAACCUUCAAAUUCGAUAAGGAACACGACAAAUUCCACAUUGGUAGUUCUCCUCCGAAAAAGUUUGGCUCUCCCGGUAAGAAAGUCAGAAGUCCACAGCACCGAUCGAAGACAAAAACACCAUAUUUAGCAACACAAGGAGAGAACCAUAACGAUGUUUCUCCAUUAUCAGAUAUGGGAUCAGUGUCAGGCACAACACCAUUCCAUCCGAGUACCAAAAGCAAGCCGAUAUCAACCGGCGAACAUCCCGCUGCACAAAACACGGAAAACGCCGCGCCAUUCUUUUCACCGGUACCUGAAUUUCAUGCCCCCCAUGCCUUUGUUGGAAAUUCUGGAACAAGACGCAUACCUAGUCCACACAAUAUUAUGCAGAAUGACCCUAGCCCAGAGGCUGCAAGUCGCCGCCAAACUGCCCCGCCCGGAAUGGCAUCGGCCGCAGCGGCUGCUUCUCAAUCGUUGCGGAACAGCGCAUCCAUAAACCCCGGAACACCUCCUGAUCAGCCACAAGGUGCCACUCGCGUUCCUAAUACUGCUGAUACUGCGGAAACGUUUAUCAAGAAAAAGACGCGAAAUACAUCAACGCCUCCUAUCGUCGAAGCUGCUGCAGGAGCGACUCAACAACACAAUCUCUUCAAUGUUGAUCUUGGUAGCAACGCCAACCAAGCUAAGGGGAAGGGCAGACGGGGGAAUACAUUGCGAAAAGGCUUGAAGAAGGGUUCUGCAUCCUUCACGACCACUAGAAGAACGAAUGGUGUAUUUGGUUUGGACGAAAUAAAGGAGACGGGUACCGACGAUACAGCACCCACAACAACUGAAUCGCCGUCGAGCGGAUCUGCAAUGAGCAUGGAUACUUCGCCAAUAUUUUCGCCACCGCCAACAAAUUUUGGAGCCGGAAUCUCUGAAAAUCCUGCCCAAUUCAAUAUGGGCGUUGGUGGUUCGAAUAUUCGAACUCGAUCGAAGAGAAAGGAAAAUGGCGCUCGCCGGGCCCAAUUCCAUCGAAGUCAGUCAGAACAUGUUAUUCAUGGCCCAUCACGUUCAUCUUUUGAUGCAAACCACUUGUUGAAGCACCGCUCAGAUAUUUUAGAUCUGAAAGAGCAAGGCAAGAAGCAUUACUUAGCAAAAAACUACAGGGAAUCAACUCGAGUGUACAGCCAGGCUAUCCAAAGAUACAAGGUUGACCUCUUCGCGCACGUUCCAAGUAAGGAUCUCUUGGCCGUGUUACUAUGGAACCGUGCAGCGUCAUUGUUCAUGGUCGGAGCAUACGAAAGUUCUGCAACAGAUGCUCGUAUUGGAAUCCAUUAUGUAACAGACCCUAGAAACUCGAAUCCAGCUCUUAUCUCUCCAGAUGCAAAUCCUGUACUCCGGCCUAAGCUAUAUUGCCGAAUGGGUCGGUCCUACCUGAAACUUGGUAAAGUCGAGGACGCCAACAGAGCGUACGAGGAAGCAAUCCAGAGCGCAACUGCAAUUCAAGAUUUUCACAGAAGACAGAACAUCAUUGGGCAUUACGACGAAUUGGAAAAAAUCAAGACCGAGGCGACUUUGGAGCGAUCAGAAAUAUCAAGACUUUCCAUUAUUCUCGAAAGGAUUUCAUCUUUAUCGAAACGAAAUGAAGCAGCGGAGGCGAUUUCACUGAUUAAGAAGGCACUAGUAACUGCAAAUGGAUCUAAGGACCUUCACAUUUUAAAAGUCAAAAUGUUAGCUGAAUCGCAACGAUGGCGUGAAGUUACCAGUCACUGCGAACGAUUUGCGGCAUCCAAUACAAAGUUCGAUGGUUGUCUCAAUGACGAUCUCUCCAGGCUCAAUCCAUUCCCCGGUGUUCCAGUUGCGAAAUAUUUGCAUGCCGAUUAUUUUGGUGACACGAAAGACGAUGAGAUGAAUGGUGCCGAAUUGAAGCUUAAAAAUGAUGCCGCGCCAGAGGCGAUGUUGAGACUUUAUAAAGAGAUGAUGCCAUACUACUUGAGAGCCCUUCGCUUGGAAGAACGAUAUUGCAACGCGGAAAAAUGUCUUUCAAGAUUAGACAAGUACUUGUCUGAUAGAGCAGUGGUUGAUGGGAACAAAGUAUAUGAAGAUUACAAAUGGCUUGAUGACGAACGAAUGAAGCACCGCGAAACCGAGACCAACAGAGGAUUUGCUGAUAAUUUAUUCGCGAAUGCAAAGUACGAGGAAGCAGCUAAAAUAUAUGAUGUGUGUUUGCACUUAGAUUCCGGUGAAUCCACCUGCGCCGGUGGUCGUCUCCAUGCCAUUCUCCACUGUAAUCGUGCUGCCUGUUUUAUGGCAUUGAAAAGAUUUCGCGAUGCAAUGACCGAAUGCACCGCUGCACUUAAAAUAUAUCCCCGCUAUCUUAAAGCGAUUCUACGACGUGCUCGAUGCUAUAGCAGACUUGAUCAAACUCGACAAGCCGAAAAUGACUUCAAACUCUGGUUGAAAAUCGUUGAACAAUCGAAGAAAAAUGGGAACACUGGUUUCCUUGGUGCAAACAUUUUCCACGGUCCAGAUACGAUCAAAACGAGAGAGGUCGAAGAAAUUCAAGCUGAACUUAAUGAUAUGCUGAAGGCAAAAGCCCGUGAGGAAGAAGCCAAGGCCCGUGAUGAGCGAGCGCGUAAGAUGUUCAGAGAACGCAGUCAAAGAUGGGAUAGCGAGCGCUCCGACUUCACUUCCGGUAGCAACGGUAGUGGUAGAGCCAACUUCAGUAGAGAAAACUUCUACAGUAGCAGCUCUCGUAGAUGGGACUCGUCCAGAGAUCAGAAGAGUCGGUCAAAACCUAACGGCGAGAAACCCAAGAAUAGCAACAAAAAUCAAAAUCGACACAAUGGAAGAAACUUUAGGGACCACAAGAAUUUUUACAGCAUUUUGGGGCUCACGAACAGGUCGACAGAAGAGGAAGUAAGAAAGGCAUACAAGAAAAAAGCUUUGAAGUGCCAUCCUGACAAAAACCCCGACGAUCCAAAUGCAGCAGAAAAUUUCCGUCGCGUCAAGGAAGCAUAUGAAACACUCAAUGAUCCUAGACUUCGUCGUCAAUACGAUGCCGGGCGUUAACUCUGAAGGUAAAAGAGUGAGAAAAUGUUUUCUCACAUCAACAGCAACACGACCUUGCACCCUCAAAAGAGUGAAAUGAGUUUCAAAUCACAAAACAAAAAAGUCGCUUGUGAAGCAGAUGGAUUGAGUAAUAUAGGGCUAAUUCACCA